AUGAUACAUCUACCUUCCUUUCCACCAAACACACUCUAUGAUGAUGUAUAUUUCACACUCUAUGAUGAUGUAUAUUUCACACUCUAUGAUGAUGUAUAUUUCACACUCUAUGAUGAUGUAUAUUUCACACUCUAUGAUGGUGUAUAUUUCACACCCUAUGAUGAUGUAUAUUUCACACCCUAUGAUGAUGUAUAUUUCACACCCUAUGAUGAUGUAUAUUUCACACUCUAUGAUGAUGUAUAUUUCACACUCUAUGAUGAUGUAUAUUUCACACUCUAUGAUGAUGUAUAUUUCACACUCUAUGAUGAUGUAUAUUUCACACCCUAUGAUGAUGUAUAUUUCACACUCUAUGAUGAUGUAUAUUUCACACCCUAUGAUGAUGUAUAUUUCACACUCUAUGAUGAUGUAUAUUUCACACCCUAUGAUGAUAUAUAUUUCACACUCUAUGAUGAUGUAUAUUUCACACCCUAUGAUGAUGUAUAUUUUAAAACUCCUGCCAUAUGA